UAAAUAGUUCAAUCGAUCGGCUGCAUCGGCGCUCCAUCUCCUCGACGCUCCGACUCCAUCGACCGGCACUGCAUCGACGACCUCUGUCGCCAUUUUCUCCCCUCCGCCAUCUCCCUUUGUCGCCCCUGACGCCGCCGGAAGCCAUCGCAGAGUGUGGCAAUGCAAGAUACAAGUCCAGCAUCAAGUGCUAUAUUUGAUGUAAUCAGUUCGUUGAGGAGAAAGGUCGAGUUGGAGCGUGAUUUAUAUGUAAAGAAAAGGAUUCAAGAAAAUACACAGAAGCUGGUUGAUGUAACAAAAGUGCUUAGCGAAAUAUCAGUAGAGAGAAGAAAUCUUAAGAUUCUCGGACCAGAUGAAGGUGUUGAUCUACUGUCAAAGAGGCAGAAAGAUGCUAUCGAUAUGCAAAAUGGCAUUGAUGCUAGCAACAAGGAUAUCGAUAGCAAUAGCCCUACAGAAGAUGGCUAUGGCUCUGCUAUUCUUUUAGGAUCUAGCAUUGCAGUCAAGAAUGCUGUUCGCCCCAUUAAAAUUCCAGAAGAGAAAAGACUACCUACUUAUACUACUUGGCUUUUUUUGGAUAGAAACCAAAGGAUGACUGAAGAUCAAUCUGUAGUUGGCCGGAGAAGAAUUUAUUAUGAUGAGAAUGGUGGAGAAACUCUAAUUUGUAGUGACAGUGAUGAAGAAGUAAUUGAAGAGGAUGAAGACAAAAAGGACUUUGCAGAGUCUGAAAACUAUAUUUUGCGAAUGGCUAUUAAAGAAGUGGGCUUGUCCGAUACGAUACUGGAUUUGUUAGCUCAGUGCUUGUCUAGAAAGCCUUCUGAAGUAAAGAUAUAAACCACCAUCAAACAUCUUAUACAGGCAAGAUAUGAAGAUCUAGUCAAGGAAGAGAUCACUGCUAAGAAUGAUAUCACUGAAGGAACACUUAAUUUGUUUCUUGACAAAGACCUUGAUGCAGCAAUGGAUUCACUUGACAAUCUAUUUUGCCGCAGAUGCCUUGUCUUUGAUUGUAGAUUACAUGGAUGUUCACAGGAUCUUAUAUUUCCAGCUGAAAAACCACCUUUGUCGUUUGGCGCUGAUGCAGACAAGGAACCUUGUGGCCCUAACUGUUAUCGUGAGAUAUCAAAGCCAGGCUUUAACUCCAAAAUGAACUCCUCACACCUGUGUGAAGAAAACACUAUCCCAUCAUCUGAAGGUGCUACUAUUGAAUUUCCCUUGAAGAAGCAUGUGGAGAAAAUAUCAAAAUCUUCUCAGAGUGGAAGUGCAUCUUCGUCUGCCAAAAGCACAUCUGAAAGUAGUGACUCUGAGCCUAGGCCUACUAGUGAUGCCACAUCUGCCUGCCGUUCGUCAUCACUCGGUAAAAAUAAUAAAAGAAAUAGUAAGCGUAUUGCUGAGAAAGUUAUAGCUGCCGUCAGAAAGAGACAAAAAAAUUCAGCAGCUUCGGAGUGCGAUUCUGGUGCAAGUGAAAAUUUGAGCCACCGUUCGCCCAAACACAAUGAAAACACUAGUUCAUCUUCACAAAAAGAGCAAUUUAGCAGUAGAAAGACCAGGAGAAAAGCAUCUCAACUUGUGGAUGCCAACAAAUCUUCACAUUGUGAGGUUUUAGUUUCAACCCAAAAUGAAGCAUUUAGUGACAGACAGGUGAUGAGUGAUGGAAUCCAGAAGGCUGAUGAACCUGCAAAUGAAAAUAUCAUGAAGAAAGAAGUAUAUAAAGAUAAAUCUUGGAAACCAAUGGAGAAGGCUCUCUUUGAAAAGGGUCUGGAGAUUUUUGGAAGAAGCAGCUGUUUGAUUGCCCGGAAUCUCAUGAAUGGUCUGAAAACAUGUUUGGAGGUUUUCCAGUAUAUGAACCGGACUGGGAAUAAUCUAUCUACUCGAGCAGACAGUGGUGUAGACUGCAUGAUUGAAGGUGGUGCCAAGGGUGACGAAAUUUUGGGUAGUGAAGCACGUAGACGAUCAAGAUUUUUGCGUAGAAGAGGUAGAGUUCGUCGUUUAAAAUACACAUGGAAAUCAGCAGGAUACCAUGCAAUAAGGAAGCGGAUAUCUGAGAAGAAGGAUGAGCCUUGUCGGCAGUAUAAUCCUUGCGGCUGUCAGUCUCCCUGUGGAAAGGAGUGUCCUUGUAUUGUAAAUGGUACCUGUUGCGAAAAGUAUUGCGGAUGUACAAAGACUUGCAAGAAUCGUUUUAGAGGAUGUCACUGUGCUAAAAGUCAAUGUCGAAGCCGCCAAUGUCCAUGUUUUGCUGCAGGCAGGGAAUGUGAUCCUGAUGUUUGCCGGAAUUGCUGGAUUGGCUGUGGUGAUGGGUCACUUGGGAUUCCUUUACAAAGAGGUGAUAACUAUGAAUGCCGCAAUAUGAAGCUACUACUCAAACAACAGCAAAGAAUUCUUCUUGGAAGAUCUGAUGUGUCUGGUUGGGGAGCUUUCUUAAAGAAUAGCGUUAGCAAGCAUGAAUACCUAGGGGAAUACACUGGUGAAUUAAUUUCACACCGUGAAGCUGAUAAGCGUGGAAAGAUCUACGAUCGGGAAAACUCUUCUUUCCUCUUCAAUCUAAAUAAUCAGUUUGUGCUUGAUGCUUUCCGGAAAGGGGACAAGUUGAAGUUUGCAAAUCAUUCUCCCAAUCCAAAUUGUUACGCGAAGGUCCUUAUGGUUGCUGGAGAUCACAGGGUUGGUAUAUUUGCGAAUGAACGAAUCUCCGCUGGGGAAGAACUGUUUUAUGACUACCGAUAUGAUCCAGACAGAGCUCCUGCCUGGGCAAGGAAACCUGAGGCGGGGUCCACAUCCAAAAAAGAUGACGCAACCGCACCUUCCGGUGGACGUGCUAGGAAGCAUACUUAAUUCACCUUUAGUUUAUUUCAUUGGUUUGUUAUUCUCUCUAACUCAGUUGCUGAAGACUAUCUUUAGCCUAUAGAAUGCAGUUAACCAUCAGACUUUUUGUUAAAAUUUAUUUUUAUUUUUAUUUUUUUGACAAAAGCACUCAGUACAGUGUAUUUAUUGAACGCGUAAUGUCGUUUUUUGUGUUUCAUAGUUUUAAUUCAUUUUGGUGGAUCUUAACUUAAUAAUGCUUGCGAAACAGAAUAGAAAGCUUAUGCCUUAAAAGCAGAAAAUG